CAUGUCCAGUUGGAUAGCAGACCCGCAUUAACCACCACAGAUGGAAAUCAAAACAUCACAGAAGUAGAUGCUCUUGAUACGAGACAAACACUUGAUCCUGCAGUGCAAUACAACAUGAACCAUCAAAGAAGAGGGAUUGCAUUAAUCUUCAAUCAUGAGCACUUUUUAUGGCAUUUAAGGCUCCCAGGCAGACGUGGGACUCUUGCAGACAGAAACAAUCUGGAACGCAAUUUGACAGACCUUGGAUUUGAAGUAAAACUUUUUGAUGAUCUGAAAGCAGAAGAUGUUCUGCAGAAAGUUUUUGAAGCCUCUAAGGAUGACCACAGCAAUGCUGACUGUUUUGUUUGUGUGUUCCUGAGUCAUGGUGAGAAUGAUCACGUUUUUGCACAUGAUGCUCCAAUCAAACUUGAGACAAUCACAAACAUGUUCAGAGGAGACGAGUGCCAGAGUCUGGUAGGAAAACCCAAGAUAUUUAUCAUACAGGCAUGUCGAGGUGAUAAACAUGAUGAUCCGGUUAUUGCUCAGGAUUCAAUUGACAGCAAUGAAUCCGUUGUCAAUGAGACUGAAAUGGAUGCAGCUGGUGUCUACACCCUGCCUGCUGGUGCAGACUUUAUCAUGUGCUACUCUGUGGCUCAAGGUUACUUUUCUCAUCGUGAAAUUGUAAAUGGCUCCUGGUACAUUCAAGAUUUGUGUGAGGCACUUCGGAAGCACGGCUCUUCCUUGGAGUUCACAGAACUUCUUACUGUUGUUAACAGGAAAGUAUCUCAUCGCAAAGUAGAUCUAUGCAGAGAUAUUAAUGCUAUAGGGAAAAAACAGAUUCCUUGCUUUGCCUCAAUGUUAACUAAAAAAUUGUAUUUUCAUCCAAAAUCAAAGUAG